AUGACAGGAAUUGGAAGAAAGAUCGAAGAAAAAUCACCAAACACAAUCGUUGUAGGUGUUGAUCCUGAAGGUUCCAUUUUAGCACUGCCUGAAGAAGAAGAAGAAGGCUUGGAUAGUGCAACUUCAUUAAUUCAAGCAGCCAAAAAUUUGAUGAAUGCAGUUGUAUUGACUGUUAAGGCCUCUUACGUGGCAUCAACGAAAUACCCAAGACAAACUGGAACUGUGGCGUCUCCGAUUGUGGUUUGGAAGAUGAAAGCACCGGAGAAAAAACCUUUGGUAAGACCAGAAAAACCAGAAGAAGUUCGAGCCAAGGUGAGAAAAGGCUCACAGAAGAAGGUUCAAAACCCUAUUCAUGCACUGUCAGAGUUUCAGAGUGCAACUGAAUCGAUAUAA